AUGGCGACAUCUCAUGACCAGGUGCUGCAGUCUGGGCGUGUGAUCGAUUUGGAUGAGAUCGCCUUGGCCAUCUCCUCACCCCUGCAGUGCUCUUUCGAGCUGGCAGACCUACAGCCCCUCCAGGGGUCCAGGAAGGACUUUGUGGAGAAGGAGGUCCAGAAAGCGCUGCGAGCUGCUGGUGUUCCUGUUUCAGGUUCGACUCCACCGCCACAAGUGGCACUGAAGCUUCGAAUGCCCAAGCAAGAGGUGAAGGCAGAGCAGCCGCAUGUCGAGCCAGCCACUGGACACAACAUCACUACAGCCCUGCCUGUGCAGCCUGCUGUGGACACAAUCAUCACUGCAUCACCUGUUGACCCUGCAACAGCAGAUACCCAGGUGGAUGCCGACAUGAAGCAAGCCAGCCUCACGGACAGUGCAGAUGCAGAGAUGCCCCCAGCAGUGGAGACACCUGCUCAUGAGCAGGGUGAUGUAGACAUGGGACCCCCAGCAGUAGAGACAGCCCCCACGCAGACAGAGAUGCCUCUUGAUCAGGGUGAUGCAGACAUGCCCCAGGCGUGCGCAGGUGAGAUGCCCCCACCAUCUACGACACCUGUGAAGCCGAAGCCAUCCGGUACAGAGCAGACACCAGUCGAUCCACCCAAGCCAGCCGAUGCACCAGUCGUUGCACCCAAGCCAUCCGAUACACAAGUGCCGGCACCAAUCGAUCCACCCAAGCCAUCCGAUACACAAGUGCAGGCACCAGUCGAUCCACCCAAGCCAUCCGAUGCUGUGGACAGUACACAGGUGCAGGCACCAGUCGAUCCACCCAAGCCGUCAGCGGAUGAUGAGACCAGUGCUGCGGCCGAGCCCCGUGUGCGACAUGCUGACACGAUGAGUACCAUGGUCCUGGGGCAAUGGAGUCGAGAGGACUUGCUCGAGGCUGCGCAGGAUGAACCCAAACCGAGCUUGGUGGCAGCCCUUGCCGAGAAAUACUUUGGGUUGCACACUGAGGGUGGGGCUGAUGAAAGUAUGGAUGCGGCCGAGAUGGCCGAGGCUUCUAGCUUGCUGACAUGGGCAGCUCAUGUUCUUGGUCCCAGCUGCAGUUCCGAGCGCCGGGAUGUGGCCUUGGCAGAAGCAGAAGAAAUGGCGGGGGAAAGCUUUCGGGGUUCGGCUCUCUUGCCCCACGAGAGCAAGCUCUUCCUGGCCCCGGCUGUUGAAAGUGUCAAUGAGGCACUGUGUCGAAUCCGUGAGUUCAAGGGUCUCGAGGACUCAGUGAAAUCGGGACAAGAAGCUGUUCAUCGACAAGUUGAGAAAGCACGAACUGCCCUAAGCCAGCAACAUGCAAAGGGAGACAUUUCCGAUGAUGUGCACACGCAAAAACUCAAGGAGCUCUAUGAGAAGAUACAGGCAAAGGAAGACGAGGUAUGUACCAAGAUCAAUGAAGCGAUUGCAAUGAUCUUGAAGGCCUGGGACAACCUGAAGCCUCAGCCGGCACUCUUGUCAAGGAUUGACGAGCAUUGUGAGCAGCCCAUGGAAGUGGAUGCUAUGGAACAAGAGAUGAUGGCCGAGCUGGAUGCCCAGCUGUUGGCUACUACCCUCAACGAGGAUGCGAAUAUGGAGCCGCCGCCUGCCGAUGAGUCCUCACAGGGAGCUGCAAAGGCUGCAGGGGUUACCGAUGGCCUGUUGGGCAAUUCUGAGAUCAAGGCUGCAGAGGGUGCCGGUGGCCUUUCGUGCAAUUCGGAUAUCAAGGCUGCAGAGGGUGCCGGUGGCCUUUCGUGCAAUUCGGAGAUCAAGGCUGCAGAGGGUGUGGGUGGCCUUUCGGGCAAUUCGGAGAUCAAGGCUGCAGAGGGUGUGGGUGGCCUUUCGGGCAAUUCGGAGAUCAAGGCUGCAGAGGGUGUGGGUGGCCCGGCAAAUGUGCCAACGGAUCUUGCACUUGUGAAGCCAUCAGGCAUUAAAGGUGCGGUGGGCGCAGCCCUUGACAAGGGCCUUAUCCAGGACAUUCUUCUGCGUCGCCCAGACAGCUUUCAGCUGCAGGAGUCUGCUCUAGCCUUGAAGGAUGGUGAAUCGGAAGAGGAACGCCUCUUGCGUAUUGCCCACAACAUCUACAUGAAGUUCAAUCGGAGCCACAAAAGUGCCAAGUCCCUCGAUGAGAUGUUCAUUGAGUAUUUGAGAUGUGAUGGCAAAUGGAUGGAGUCCAACCUGAUUGUCAAGCAAGUCACCAGCAAGGGCCAGCUGGUGGAAGGGGUUGAGUGCUACAUGCGCUAUAUGGAUCUAAAAAAAAAGGAGGGGGUGGUCACCGCAAAGCUCAUUCGAGAUGAAAAGAGACUCCUUCAAGAAAACCUCGAGCAGAAUCCCGACCCCGAUGUGUUGCCCUUCAUAAUGGCGCAUCCGGACCUCCCCGGCUCGGAGGACUGGGAGCUGGUGAGAGUGUUUGAGUCUGCGAAGAUCACCAAGAGUUCCGCCCGGAAGUCGGAAGCCACUCUAUCCACUGACAUGGAUCUGGAUGGGGAGCAAACCCGUGCUAUCCUGCCAUGUGCCCUGGGCCUCGGGAAUGGACAGCUUCCUCAAGCAUCCAGCUCCGGAUCCAAUGCUGCAUUGCCUGUGCCAGCUGGCUUGCGAUCUCUUGGGUCAGCGGAGAGCUUGCAAAAGGAGCAAGAUGAGCUGAAAAAGCUCAGGAAGGCUGGCAAAGGUGGAUUCGCAAACCAAGUGCGCACAAAAGCCAAGCAAGUGGAAGACAAGAUCAAAGAGCUAGAUGAUAUCCAAUCGUCCGCACCUCUGCGCAACGGCUAUCACGACGAACUCGAGCUCCACCGUUCUUCCUUGAAGGAAGCGGUUGAGCAGCUGCAGGCUGAUGAUUUGGAGGACCCGGCAGAGCAGCAGAAGCGCAUGGAAAUGUUGGCCACCCUGAUGAAGAACUACUCUGACUCCGCCAACAUGAUCAAGAAGAAGGUUGUGCCAUCGAUAAAUUUAGACCUCAGCUUUGUUGGAGCUGUGACAAUGCUGCAGCAAAGUCACAAGGUUCCAAUCAGCUAUGUGCAGGUGCCGAUGCGCGCAUCGGUAACAGAUGACACAGUGAUCCAACGGGAAGCCAACCGUGAGUAUUGGGCCCAUAUGGUCAAACACACUGAUUGGGCUGCAUCCCACCCAUGCAGCCAAUACCCAGAAACUUCCAUCCCGACCUUCCUGUACGGCGACGAUGUGAAGUUCAACCGGCAGGAGAAAUUGACCUGCACCUACCUGGGCUUCAUCUUAGCCGACAAGAAGGGCCUAGCAAUGCGGACCCACUUCCCGAUAUUUAUCGUCAGGGUAGUCACAUCGCUGAAUGCUGCCAUCUUCGGCUUCACGCCAGCCCGCCCCAUCCUGAAUGCCGAUGGUACGUGCGAGGGGGAAGGUGUGCCGGAAAUGCUAGAGCAACCACUUGUGGUGGACAAUGGGGAGGUGGUCCGGUUUCCACUUUGUGAACUACGUGGUGAUUGGAAGUUCUACAAGGACAUUUGGCCUGGGGUGUCGAAAGCCGAUCAGCUCAAAUCUGCCUAUGCAGCUUUUAGGGCUUGGUGCCGGGAACGCAAGAUUGUGCAUUCGCAACCCCUCUUUCAACCGAAGCACCUCCGUGGGAAAGAUGGGGAAGUGGAGCUGGCCGCCAAGGCGUACAAUGUCCGAGUCGUGACGAGCUGGCUUGCGGAUACGGUGACGGAGCUUGUGCACCAGGAAGGCUAUGACACAGAGGAGCUUCUGCUCUUGGCCCAGUGCAUGCACUUCCUGUCGGAGCUGAUGAACAAUCUGGAGAUUGCCCCACGGUAUCUCCAGGACAACCACAUUCAAGCCAUCUCCUAUGCUGCAGAUGCAAGCCUUGCUGCCUACCUUGGUUUGGCUGCCCAAUGUGCAAGUAUUGGUCUCCCGUACUUCCCCAUCCGGCCAAAGCUGCAUGCUGUACAGGAAAUGGUGUUCUUCGCCGCCAAGGAGCGUGGCUACAACUUCAGGCAUUAUCACACAUUCCUGGCAGAGGACAUGAAUGGCCGGUUGGUUGGAAUCGCUUCAAGAGUUCACUCCCGGGCCCUGGAGCGAAGCACUCUGCAGCGCUACUACCUUUGGCUAAUUGCCGACGACAUGGGUGCUGAGUCUGGUGAUGAUGAAAUGUAG